AUGCAGAUUAUUGGAGCCCUUCUCGUUGCGGCAGGCGUCGCUGUCGCCUUGCCAGGUGGCGGUGAUGGCGGCUACAGCCCAAAGAAGCAGGAGUGUGUCACCAGCAGCACCUGCAAGGCCGUCUACCACACCACUACGAAGACCGUGCCAUACCAGGAAACCAAGACAAUCACCAAGACUGAAUACAAGCCACACGUCUACACCACCAAGGUGCCAAAGGUCUACACUGAGACUACUUAUGUGCCAAAGGAAUACCAAAUCACCAAGACCAUUCCAAUUACGAAGACCGUCACCGUCCCAGACCACUCGACUACCGUCAUUUGCAAGACGUCGACUGUCAAGUUUGACCGCACCUCAGUCAUCACCACAUCUUCGCUCAGCACAUGUCCAGAGACCACCAAGGUGCCAAAGACCGAUGUCAAGUCUACCUACAAGGAGGACAAGGUCACCACCAGCACUCCAUGCCCUUACACCACCACCGAGAAGAAGGAGACCUGGUCGACAUCCGUCUGCACAUCUACCUCAACCAAGUGCGACACCACCAGCAAGUGCUCGGAGAAGCAAGGCUACCCAACUCAGCCACCAAAGUACGAUUCCGAGCCAAAGCCAACUUAUUAG